AUGUCUCGUAAAUAUAAAAAUCUUAGACAACAAAUUUUAACUUUACAUGAUUUGCAUGGAAAUUGGUCAUCAAGUAAUAUUGCUGAUGAAUUACAAAAUAGUGAUUGUCCACUAUUACAGACAAGGCAUGCGUUUGUUCGUUAUAUAAAUUAUACAAUCAAAAGAGGUACAAUAGAUCCAAAAAGAAGAUCUGGACGACCCAGAACAACAAGAACAACCAAAUUCAUGUCAUUAGUUAAAUCUAAUGUUGAAAAUAAACGAAGAAAAUCCAUUCGAAAAACAAAUGCAUUGUUGACACGUAAACAAUUGAAAUCUUCGUACGGUAGUGUCCAAAUAGCAUUGAAAGAUGAUAUUAAAAUUAAACCUUGGAAAAUACCACGAUCACAAAAAAUUACUUCUCUACAUCGAGAACAAAGAAUGAAUAGUGCAAAACAAUUAUUAAAAAGAUUCGGAAGGCAACCAACAAGAUCUUAUCCUAAAUGGAAACGUUUAAUUAAUACUGAUUUCAGUGGACGUGUACAAUUAAUACAGAAAAAUAAUAAUAAAAAUAAUGUUAUUUGGUCCAGUAGUAAAGCAACAAUUCCUAUCUAA